UGUAAUUGAAAAUUGUGUUGAAAAUUUUCUUUAAUAAAAAUAAUAAAAGUUUUCAACACAUACAUUUAAAGGAAAUUUAUACAUAUACGUGCAUAUCUUUCGUACUAUUGCAAAAUAAACAUGCACACAUUAGCCGACUGAUGAGUGUACACACAUGCUUACACUUCAAUACCAAGGCUGCUCACUGCUGACUGCUGACUACUUGCUGCUUAUGUUGCUGUUGCUGUUGGUGUUGUUGUUUCUGUUCCUGACUUCAAAUAAUUGCGUGUACGUGUUAACCUAACACACAGCCGCACAAAGUGACGCCUGCCUGUAUGCAACGAAAUGUGUUAAUAUUGUGUUGCAGCAACAGCGCUACAUAAACUUUUCAAAUUAAGCAAACAGAAACGAAACGAAGCAAAAAAAAAAAACAAAAACAAAGGAAGCGGAAAUGUUCUCUUCGGCGGAUGUAGCGAAAGUGCGUCAUGUGGUGCAACGAAUAUUGGUGCCUUGCGUUUUUGUUAUUGGACUGCUGGGAAAUUCUGUUAGCAUUUAUGUUUUAACAAGGAGACGUAUGCGUUGCACAACAAACAUUUACCUGACUGCUUUGGCUAUUACUGACAUAAUUUAUUUGACAAUGGCUCUGCUAUUGUCCCUUCAGCACUACGAAAAUGUACAAUAUUAUGAAUCAUACUGGAUGUAUUACGGAACUGUGGUUUGGCUAUGUGAUGCUUGCGCAUACAUUUCAAUAUACAUUGCUGUUUGUUUUACAAUAGAAAGAUUUAUUGCAAUUCGCUAUCCGCUCAAGCGACAAACAUUCUGCACCGAAUCGUUGGCAAAGAAAGUCAUCACAGGCGUGGCGCUUUUUUGCAUACUAUCAACAAUUUCCACAGCCUUCGAGCAUGAGUAUCGCAGCGAUACAAAGCUGAUUGAUAGCCAAGGGGGACCCUGUAAUUUAACGUUGAUGAAUGCAAAAAAGACAUUAGACUUCGAUGCGAUGUGGCCGUUUACAGGCAAUGAACCAGUAAUAGAAUCAGUAACAGAGGCAGAUAUUGGAGCAGUUGCAGCAAUAGCAACACCAACAGAAGUUGGAUCUAAAAUAGAAACAGUGAAAAUUAAACGCAACGCCUCAAUUGAUAUGCCAAGUCAGCAUGUGGUGAUACAACGAAGAGAAUCAGCAACACAUAUUCCAACUACUAUGGCAACGACGGCAGGAGUGAAAGCAACAACAAUGACAGCCACAACAACAGCCGCACUUCUUCAAGUCAACAACCGUGACGAUCUUUUGGAUGCAGAUUUUCUUGGAAGGGAAUACAUAUCCGACAUGUUGCAUAUGCAAAUGAAAGAUACGACGGAGAAUGGGUAUUUAUACAAGGAUGUGAUUUUGGAGGGAAAUGACAGUGUCAAAUUUGACAUUGCGGAUUAUUGCCGAAAUGUGACUUACUUCAAGCGUAGUUCAUCUAGUUUGCUUGAUAAUGGUUUAUAUACACGGAUUUGGUAUCCAUUUACUCUAUUUGUAUUUGUACUCAUUCCUUUAUGUGUGCUGGUAACAUUCAAUUGCUUUUUAAUUAUGUUGGUCAGACGUUCCAAGAAUUUACGUGGUGAAAUGACAAAUGCCAGCAGCAUGCGAAGACCCAAGCGUAAAUCAAACAUUUCUUCAGUGUCUCAGGAAAAUCGAGUAACAGUUACUUUGAUAGCUGUGGUAUUGCUUUUCAUCAUAUGCCAAUUGCCUUGGGCUAUUUACCUAAUUGUUUUGGAGCAUAUGCAAAUCGAUGCGAAUUUGCAGAAGAUAAUUGGCAACGUUUUCAAUUUCCUGGCUGCCAUCAAUGCUGCAGCAAAUUUUUUUUUAUAUUGUGUGCUUUCGGACAAAUACCGGAAGACAGUAAGGGAACUAAUAACAGGAUAUAAAUAUAGACCGCAACGCAGCAUACACACAAAUGCAAGUCAAUAUACGCACACAAAUAUGAAUGCAGCGAACGGCAGUCGUCGAUAUCGUGAAACCACAACAUCAUUAGUAAUAAAAUGAGUUGUUAAGUUUUUGCAAUAGUAUAGUAAGCUUUCUAGAUUAUUAAAUAAAUAUAGAUAAUAUGUAAUAAAAUAUUUUGUAAUUAACAAGCACAUAUAAGUGGUUCUAAGUAUACUAUUAAAAGCAAAAAAGAAAAACAAUUCAAAUAAUUUUAAGCAGUCAUAGUGUAACCUAAAAACGAACUAAAAGUUAAAUAAAUAAAAACAAGCCAAAGUGCCAUAUAGUGAUAUUACAAGUAGAUUAAAUUAAAUUUAAUUAUAAUUUUAAUAUAAUUAUUUUAUUACA